AUGUAAAUUAGAUGUACUUAAGCUGAUCAUUUAAAUUAACUAAUAAUUGGAGUUUGCAUCGAUAGUGAUUGUCAAUAUAAAAGACCCAAUUGUAAUUUUUGUCUGCCUCAUCAUGGUCAACACUUGAACAAAUUAACAUCAUUAGAACUUUUUGAUGAUUGGAUUCGUAAGAGAGCCCUUAUUGUCCAGAAUGUUGAAUAGAAGGCUUAGGAGUGUAAAUUAGCUCUUGAUGGCCUUCUAAAUAAAUUUAUUAAUCCAUACAAUAUUAAUUUGGCAUAGUUUCCUAAAUUAGAACUUUCAUAGAUUGACAACAUAAUUAAAGGUUUAUGUUUAAUUGAAUUAUGGGAGAACUUAUUCUAAUAAUCAAUUGAAGAAAUUAAAUAUAUAUUUAAAGAAAUUUUGUAAACACAAAAAUAUUAAACAUUCACUUUUGAACUAAUGAAUUAAAACUCUAUUAAGUAAUAAGACGUUUGUUUUGCAAUUGCUAUUAAUAAAGAUAAUUCAAUUGUUGUAGCAGGUUGCGAUAAGUAAAUUAAAGUAUUUGAACUCAAAGAAUCGAAAUUAAAUCAAUUACAACUCUUAAGUGAACAUUAAUUACAUGUGUAGGCUUUAAACUUUAUGAAAAAAUCAAAUCACUUUGUAUCUGGAAGUAAUGAUAAAUAAAUAAUAAUAUGGUAGAUGAAUCAAAAUAAUUAAUGGACUUGCUAACACAAAUUGGAUGGACAUUCUUUUGGUAUUUGUACUUUAAUUUUGAAUAAUAAUGAAAAUCUUAUUGUAUCAGGUAGUUAUGAUUCAUCUAUUAAAUUUUGGAAUAAAUAAAAUGGAUGGUUGUGUUAAUAAACCAUUAAAGUUCAUACUAAUUAUGUCUUUUAAUUAAGUUUAAAUGAAAAAUAAGAUAAAUUGGUAUCUUGUUCUAGUGAUUCAUAAAUAUUAGUAAUAGAAUACUCUUAGAAGGAUUAGAUAUGGACUGUGAUAUAAAUUAUACAAGUAGAAUAAUAUGGAUAUCGAUUGAGUUUUGUAGAUGACAAUUAAUUUUUAUUCUAACCUUCUUCAAAGAAUAAAUGCAUGUAUAUGAGAUAAACAGUAGUAAUCAAUAAUUUGUUAAAACCAAGCAAAUUACUGUGAAAUCGGGUUCAAAUACUUGUGGAGAUCUAUUUCCAUAAUAAUACAUAUAAUCUAAAUGCCUCUUAGUGAAUAAAAAUGGUUAGAAUAUCAAUUUAGUAAGGAAGAAAUUAAAUGGAGAAUUUGAAACUGAAUAAACUAUUCAAUUUGAUCAUCAUUAUAUUUUUGGUUAAUUAAGUAAUGGUGGUGAGUAUCUAAUCACUUGGGAUUUUACAUCUAAAGAGAUACAAAUUAGAAAAUGUAAGGAAAUUUGA